UGGAAACAUCAGUUUAUAAUGGCAGAGAUGUACAAGGAUACCUGUGAAGUGGCACAACAGAUGACACCUUUCAUGCAGGAAGAAGUGAGGGCAGCAUCAAAAGGGGAUAAGCUACCACCGAACUCUGAAGUUUAUGGGCUCCUGACUGUCCUUAUGGAUUGGAUCUUAGAUGAGCUCCUUAGCAAACUCAAGAAACAAGAAGAAAGAGAGGACGGCCAGAAACCUCAGUGUAGCAGAAGAACCUACAUCCAGGAAAGUCUUCUGCCUGUGGCUGCGGAGCAGCUCCAGUGCAUGUCGUUUGUGAAUCCUAAACUGCACAUGCCCCUGAUGAGACUGAUAUACUGGUUUGUAAGGCAGCUAGACAAUGAUACUAAGGUAAAUUCUCUGCAGAUAUUCAGGCAUUUUGGGAACAGAGUAGAUGGGAGCUUCGUGUGCUUUCAUGUUUACACUCAACAUGCGCACUGUUUGAUUCAGGACCCAACAAUGGCAGAAAUGAUUAUGAGACUUGCUGAAGAUAUUUUCACAGGCAUAAGGAAUAAUGGAGAUGUGCACAGUUCUUCCAGCCGCUGUGCAAAGAGUGAAUCAAAAUCAGCACUCUUCUUUACAAGUCCCUUUAUGCCUAUGAGGUUUCUGUCAACUAUGGUUGUGCUUACAAUAGAGACACCAGGUAAGCUCUGGGUUUUACUGAAUCUUUUCAUUAUGAUUCUAUGA